GUCAUUGACUUUUACCACAGAAAACCCCAUGGCCGAAACUGACUAUAACACAUAUAUAAGCCAAAGUUUAUGGCGAAACUAUCAAACACAAUACAAGCUCGUGAAUAUUUCAAAUCUAAACAAAAGAAACAAAUCUUCGUUUCUACUUUUUUUUUCUUCCAUAAUUUAGUCAAUUCGUUUUCUUAGUAGGGCUUUUCUUUUUUUCUCCAGAAGUUCCUCUUUGUUUCUCCAAUUUUUAUUUAUUUAUUUUGGUUAUUUGUAUACAACAAAUGGCAAUGGCUUUAAACAUGAAUGGUUACAUAGACGAGUUCACGAAAGCUCUUGAACCAUUCAUGAAGGUAACUUCAUCUUCUUCUUCUUCUUCUUCUUCUUCGUAUUCCUUUUCAUCAAACCCAAAAACUUUAACUACUAAUAAUAAUAACCAAGCCUUACCGGAAUCUAACCAAACCGGUCCGAUUGGGCUAAACCAGCUCACUCCAACUCAAAUCCUCCAAAUUCAAACUGAGUUACAUCUCCGGCAAAACCAACCUCGUCGUCGAGCUGGUAGUCAUCUUCUCACCACUAAACCAACCCUAAUGAAGAAAACCGACGUAGCAGCCAAACCGGUUAAACUAUACCGAGGCGUAAGACAACGGCAAUGGGGUAAAUGGGUAGCUGAGAUUCGGCUACCUAAAAACCGAACCCGGUUAUGGCUCGGUACGUUCGAAACGGCCCAAGAAGCUGCAUUAGCUUAUGAUCAAGCUGCUCAUAAGAUCAGAGGAGACAACGCUCGUCUAAAUUUCCCCGAUAUUGCUCGUCAAGGACACUAUAAACAUACAUUGUCUCCUUCUAUCAACGCAAAGAUCGACUCAAUCUGCCAUAGCUCUGAUCUUCCUCUUCCUCAGCUCAGGAAACAGAACAAAACAGAGGAGGUGCUCUCUGCUUUUCAUUAUACGGGUCAUGAACCGGAGCAAGAACCGGAAUUUGGGGAGAUAUACGGAUCCGGGUUUUCGGGCUCUUCUCCUGAGUCGGAUAUAACGUUGUUGGAUUUCUCAAGCGACUGUAUGAAAGAAGAUGAGAGUUUCUUGAUGGGUUUGCACAAGUAUCCUUCUUUGGAGAUUGAUUGGGACGCUAUAGAGAAACUCUUCUGAAUCCAUUUGAGCUUCUUAAUUCAUUUAUUUCUAAAUUUCUAGAAUUUUAUUUGCAGAGCUUUGUAAUUGUAAUGGAAGUUCUUGAUCUUGACAGUUGCAGUCUUGCAGAGGACCAGUGAACAUAAAACUCUGUUUUCUGUUUUCCUUUUGCAAGUCUUGUUCGAAUGGGCCGUUCAAUGGGCCGUGUUGAUUUAAACAGCCCAAAACUUUAAAAUUUAAGACGAAUCCAAACUACUUACGGUUUCUUUUCCAUAGUGUAAAACCAUUUACCACUUUCAUAAUUGUUUGCUUGGUUGUUGUUCUUUCUUUUUUGUUAAAAACAGGAAGCAGAAGUCCAUAUUAAUUUUCAUGACAUAUAGAAGAAUCCAGAUAUUCUAAUUAUUUAAAACGUUGAGAACUUGAGAAUGAUCAUCAAAAUAAAAUUUGCAAUUUAAAGGAUUUAAAUCAUAAUUUGUCAAUAAUCAUAAUCAUAAUUUCUGAACCAUUUUGGUUAGUUGAGAAUGUCAGAGAAAGGGUAAAAACAGUAAAACGUGUCCAUUGAAUGUGGCUCCCCAUUGUUAAGGCAUUCUCCU